UAUUAAGAAAAUAAUUUAAAUAUUUAAAAAAAUAAAAAAAAAAUUAAAUAUUUAAAAAAUACAAAAGUUGAAAAUAAAAUAAAUUUAAUGAGUUGUGCUGUGAAUUCGUGCGUUGCAACUCGAAAAGCAGGCUUUUUUUGUGUGGCAUGCAAGUUGGCUAAGUGUAUUGUCAGUGUGCGUUUAAGCUCGUCAUUAACCGCAUAAACCAGUUUCUGCAUAGCGUAAAUGCGCUUUAGUUGUAAAAGCGAGUGGUGCGUGAAGAAGAAUAGCGAAAUAAUAUUGCAAUUCAUAAAAAGAUAAAGUAAACCAAAUAGAGAAAGCAAAUUGAAACAUACAAAAAAAUACUACAUACGUUGUAAAGUCAACAACAGACAACGGAAAUAUACUUGAGUUUCGGAAAAAAGAUAGUGAAGCCACAUCACAAACCUACAUCCACAUACAAAUCGUCGUGCCGCCGAUAUGCCUUACGCUUCUAGUGCAGGUACAGUGGCACUCCGUGUUGCCUCGUUGCUGUUGCCGACUACGUUGGCCAUUGCCAAGGCAGCUUCGAGUGGCAAGUCGGCUGCUGGCAAGGAUUGCCAUGGCAAGAUUUGCAGGCCAAUUGAGGAGUAUUGCUCGAAUUUCAUGGAAGGCUGUGAUCAGUGUGAACCCAUCUGUAAUCCAGAUUCGCAAAAUUUUCACUCGGACACCUGUGCCAGAGAAUGUGCCGAUUACAAAAAAUACGAUCCGCUCAAAGCCGAAAUACACAGCAUACACGAACAACAGAAUACCAUACUGAUCCUGCUGAUCGUGCUGCUCACGCUCAUUGCGGCACGCUACAUCUACAAAUCUGUGCGCUGGCUGCGACGCAAACGUUUCUGUACGCUGUUGCUAAAGAAGCUGCACAAACAGCAUGAGGCAGCCGGCGUGAAUAGCAAAGACCUGGUAAUUGGUGCGACAAUACCGAAUGUGAUGGCCAUAAAUGGCGCUAUGGAGCGGGCGCCGUCACAGAUCUACAGUGUGACAGGUGCCGAAGGUUCCGUUAUGACAAUGACGACACCAGUGAGUACACGCUAUCCGGCAGAGAAUAGCACUACACCAACAACUGUGGCGGGCGAAUAUUCAUAUGAUAAUCAGGCGAUGGCCGUCACGCCUGUGUCGGAGAAGCCAAACGGCAAUGCGCAUGCGUUUUGAUCCUACAUAGUAUAGCAAGGACUUGAGGGUUUUGGGAAAAAGCAAGAUUCAGAGAGGGAAAUGUGUGUAUAGAUUUAGUGGUGAUUGUGUAUAUUCUGUGAAGAUCGUAAGCUCAUGCAAUUCUAUGAAGAUCAGUCAUCAUUUAAAAACUGAUCGUCAUGUUUUUGAUAUCAAUAGCAAUAAUGAAUACUAUAUUCUAUAGACUAUGAGAAAGGAAAUAUUUGAGAAUCGAACGAUCAGCGUGUAAUCGAUCGUGCGGUUGUUGAUCAUGCGAAAACCUGCUCUUACAUUAUUAUGAAUAUAAUUACCGCUAAAAUUUCCCUAAAUAUAAUUGAAGCUGCGGUACAACUUAGCAAUGCCGUUGUGUAUAUUCUAAUAAUGAAAAUUUUCAAUAAUUUUUUUUAAUUGCAAAUUUAGUAAGAAUCAUCAAUGACUCAAAUAUCGGCGUGACGUGACGUUAAUUAUAUACUCAAGUACUUAAAAUUAGUAAUUUAUUUAGAUUUAAUAUAACGAGAAGAAGUGUAAAGAAGAAUUUUAUUAUAUUAAUAGUGUAAGCAACGUGAACAUCAUUUUGUGAAGUAUUAGGUAACUGACGAUGUACUUAAGCAUGUUUGGAGAAUUACCAAUUUCUAUGUAAAUCAUAAAAAGUACUGACAAUUAACGAUUUUAUGUAGUGUCCAGCGAUAUUGAUUGAUUUAAUCAAGCACUGUAAAACAUCACGUCCAUUUUGUAAGUGAUAUUUAUUCUCUAAAAAGUAGCGCGUAAGUUAUGCUUCCAUUUAAAAUACUAUUUACUUACGUUUAAGUAAUAUUAUAUACUAGUUGUAAUAAUAAAGUUUUAGUCUUUGAUUAUGAGAAAACGGAUUUGUAUAGCUUUCGUGCUUUGAAAAUCGAUUAGCACUUUCGGUAUGUGAAUUUAAGUCUCUGUACGUCAUUUUAACUAUACAUAUAUAAAAUGUUUGGUAUGUGUACUUAAUAGUUAGGCAUUAAGCGCGAAAAAUUUUAAAUCACGGUCAAAAAAAUUCUUUAAUCAAAUAAAGCGAAAAUAUCUGUUAUUUUAUUUACUUACAAUAACAGAAACUUGUUAAUUUACUCGACAAAUCUCAAGCGAAAUUGUUGAAGAUUUAGUUAUAAAUUAUGAACCUUUAGGAACUUAGAGGAUAAAACAGUCAAUUUUGUCAAAUUAAAGAGCGCAUGCGCGGCAGUUUGUUAAGCGUAGUCAUUUUAAGGGUGGUAACACAAUUAAAAUCUCGAUGAAGCUUGAAUGAGCAUAAUCGGUAAAACAAUAAUAGUGUUUUUAGACAGCCAAAUUAAUUGUUUAAUUUAAAUUUUUAUUGAGAAACCCUUUUUUGCCUUUUAUACUGCCGGCUACGCGAUAACCGAUCAGCUGUUAUAAAGUUUUGUUUUCGUUUUUCAUAAGAAGUUAAUAAGUUUCAUCAGUUGACUAAUAUUUUUAGCAGUGACAUCUACGGUAGCUUUUUUUAUCAAAAAAUUCAGCCAAUCUCAGACAAAGAACGUAUAUCGUACG